AUGGCCGCUGCGACAAACCGACUGAGAGUACUGUACUCAUCAUCUAGGGCCGCGGCCUCUCACACAGGGAGCGUUUCCCACCUCACCUCCCGCGGCUACGCAACCACAGAUUCCUCCUCCGCCACUGGCGGAGCUUCAACAGCACCCCCAAGGAAACGGACAACAUUUACGGACAAGCUCAACACCGGCCCUUCCUUUGCGGACUUUGUCUCUGGCGGAAAUGACAAUGCGCCUCUUGAUCCAUCCGAAUCUUACGCCCUCAAGACCGCAAUGGUCGGCCCCGCCGGCCGCAAGAAGGAAAUGACCCGCUUGCCGUCAUGGCUCAAGACACCAAUUCCUGAUUCGAAGAACUACCAGCGACUGAAGAAGGACCUCCGAGGAUUGAACUUACAUACCGUGUGCGAGGAGGCGCGGUGCCCCAACAUUUCCGACUGCUGGGGCGGCGGCGACAAGGCCUCCGCUACCGCGACGAUCAUGCUUAUGGGCGAUACUUGCACGCGCGGUUGCAGGUUUUGCAGUGUAAAGACCUCCCGGACACCGCCGCCGCUUGAUCCACACGAGCCCGAGAAUACAGCAGAAGCAAUCUCCAGAUGGGGUCUGGGUUAUGUGGUGUUGACGACUGUUGAUCGAGACGACCUUGUCGAUGGUGGCGCUCGCCAUUUCGCCGAAACCGUGAUCAAAAUCAAGCAAAAGGCCCCGAAUAUUCUAGUGGAAUGCUUGACCGGCGACUAUGCUGGGGAUACAGAAAUGGUUGCUCUCAUGGCUCGGUCCGGCCUUGAUGUGUACGCCCACAACGUCGAGACUGUCGAGGCCUUAACGCCGUAUGUCCGUGACCGCCGGGCCACAUUCCAGCAGUCACUCCGUGUCCUCGACGCUGCGAAGAAGACCACCCCGUCGCUCAUCACAAAGACCUCGCUCAUGCUUGGGCUUGGUGAGACUGAAGACCAGCUCUGGGAUGCGUUACGCCAGCUGCGGGCUGUCAAUGUCGACGUCGUCACAUUUGGUCAGUACAUGCGGCCGACAAAGCGACAUAUGGCUGUUCAUGAGUAUGUUACGCCGGAUCAGUUCGAGCUGUGGCGCCAGCGUGCUCUCGAGAUGGGCUUCCUCUACUGUGCGUCGGGUCCUCUGGUCCGGAGCAGCUACAAGGCAGGAGAGGCAUUCAUUGAGAAUGUGCUGAAGAAGAGGCGGACUGGAGCUCCGGGGCAGGCUCUGGGAGAGACUCUCUCCGCUGAUGCAACUCGCUGA